AUGUGCCUUUUGACAGCAGCCCUGCUGUUUUCUCUUCUCGGUGAGUAUUUUUGCUUUCUUUGACGUUGCACAAGACUGACUGGGAUGUCAUGAGUUAACUAUGGAUUCAGCCGGUUAAUGUCUAUGAUGACAAAGUCUGGGGUUUUAAACCAUGUGACACGGAGGAGGGAGAAUCUGCAGGUUUUCCUCCAGAAGAUGCUCAGUACAGUUUUAGUCUAUAGGCUCUUGAGUUGAUUUUCAUCAUUGCAUUUUCCUUGAUUAAAAAGAAAGCCUGUACACAUUUACAAAUUAGAAUGGCGCAAAAGGUUUCAUUAUUUAACAUUUGAUCUUUUUUUAAUCAUGUUUAACUUGGUGACCAAAUGUGCAGUAGUUUCAGCACCAGCCCAGUUUUAUUGCUAAAAGACUGGCUUGCUGAGGUUGCAUCCUCUCUCUGUGACUCCUACUCUGUCAUGGCAAUUAUCUUAAUGAUGUAAUUAGAAACAUGAGAUCUGGGUAAGUACUCUCAACUACAAUCACAGCUACUCCCAAGGAUGCACAAUUCCCUGAUUUAACAUGCUGAAAUUGACAGAGACAAAUCAAUGUGCUGCUUUUCUGUGAUGCGUUCACAGUCUGCUGUAAAUAGAACUGACAAAAUCCUUGGUAUCUGUUUUGUCGUGCAAAAACAAUCAGAUAUUUUACAGAGCAGCUGGGUCAUAUGAUUAUUCAUGACCUAGAACCAGACUGAAAGUCACAUUUCCACUUAGUGCAUGUGCAUUUUUGAGUUCAACUGCCACAUAGCUAACAUAACAUAAAAGCAGUCAGAGCAUUCAUCUACAUCUGUCCAUGAAGACAAACUUUAACUGAAUUGUUUUCCAGUUAGUCAUCAUGUCACCUACCAAGCAGCAGAAUCCAUUACCUUCUGUAUGAUGGGUCACAAACAAAUGAUUUUUUUCUGUCUGUAAUUAUAAGUCGCUUUGACAGUAUUCACCUGGUUGAGUGAUUAUGUGUGAUCAGGCUGCGGUUUAUGUGUCUCUGUGUCACUGAAGUGUGAGGACCUGUCGCAGCUGUCUCACAUCAACCAAGCCGCAUCUUGCAGACCGGCAUUGUUCCUGGUUUUCACCUUGCGCAAACUGUAUUAGAUGACAGAUGUUUACAUGGUUUGUGUCUGACAUUUACAAUGCAUUAAUGUGUGUCCUCUGAUGUGGCAUGCAUAAAAAAAAUCCAGUGCAAAACAUUUCAUGGUCAGAAUGAAGACCGUUGUGGGCUGCUCUAUAAGAACUCUGUUUUGGUUCAUCCGCUAAAUAUUUUUUUACAGAUUGACGCAACAUUUCUUACAGAUAGAACAAAGCUUCAUACUUUCUUAUUUAUAGAUGAAGAUAAGGUCCAUGUUGAGCCACUUAGAAGAAUGAAGUGAAAAUAGUGAAACAGAUUAAAGUUAAUACUAGUGUCCCUUUAUGAUCAUAUAAAAGCAAAAAAAUCUCAUAAAUAAUAACUAUUUCUAUGUUGUAAUUCAUCAUUCCUGAGAAGUAGGUGUCAAACCUGAUGAUUGACAGUGCUCUAAGGAAGUGUCUUUACAUUUCCUUAGAAAAACUCACACUGUGGCACCGUGUCACUGUUCACUGUAGAAAAAAAGAAGGAUGAUUUGGUAACACUUUACAAUAACCAUAUCUUAUAAAUGGUAAAUAGACCAUUUACAAAUGGUAAGCAGAUAGUUUAUUAAUGUUUAAUCAUCAAUGAUAAAAAGCAUAAAAACCAUUAAUAAAUUGUACAUUUUACAAUUUUAAAAAAAGUAUUACAAACAUCAGUUGCAACUUUACAAUAACUAUCUCAGUAAUGUUUAUAGAUGGUUUAUAAACCAAAUAUUAACCAUUUUCAAACUGCUUCUGACACAAUGUUAUCUAGAUGUUUUACAACCAAUAUUAAAACCCUGUAUAAACCCUUAACCCUAAAUAGUCCAUUAUAAUUAAUGAAAAUGAUUAAUUGUAAUUUUAUUGCUUGUUAAUGAAAAAGUAACUGUUAACUUAAAUUGAUUAAACUAUCUAUUUGCCAUUUAUAAUUUGUCUAUAUGCUGUUUUUAAAUUACUAAAAAACAUUAUAAACUAUCUAUUUACCAUUUAUAAAUUAUGGUUAUUGUAAAGUGUUACCAAUGAUUUUAUUUUGUAUAUUGAAAAAAUACAUUGGGGUGUUGGUUGAGAUUAAAAAAAAAAAGCUAUAAGGUUCUCAUCUUUGCGCACUGGGGGUGUGAAAUUUGAUGCACACCAUUUACAAUAGCUGUAGGGACGAUGUACCUUUAAAUCAUUUAUUUCUGUUGUGGAUAAAUUUUAUUGACAUAUCAACUGAUCAUUAUUCCAAGAUCCAAGCUAAGGUCUUUCUUCAACCUUAUCUUACAGAGAUUUUAUUUUGGCUUUUUUUAUUUUUAUUUUUUAUCAUGUGACACUUUCUUGACUCAUACCUGUCUUUUAGCUGUCUCACACGGACUAUUGUUCAUGUUGUCCUAUGACCCUAAGGCCUAACCAGGACUUGCUGCCUGUUCCUUUCUCUGUUUUGUUUUGUUUUUUUGUCUUAAAUAAAACACACAAUGUGCACACACAUUCAAGAAGGACUUUUUUCAAAGUACAUUCAGUGUUAUGCAGGACCAUCCAAUCUCAUACAAACUCAUAGUUACUCAUAGUUACUGAUGGCUGAGAGUUUUGUUCAUUGUCAUAUUUGUGGGCCAGAAUAGUUACGUAAUCUUAUAACCUUACUGUCUUUUUCAGGUCCUGUGUCCAGUGUUAAGUUUGAGGCCCCUCUGAGCAUGGGAGGCGUGAUAGGGAAGGUGAUCUUAGACUCCACCUCACAGAUGGCUACUGUCAACGUGACAGGUGCUGGAUCUUGUGGUCAACUUAACCUCUCCCUCAGCAUGUUCCCAGUCAAGUUCGGCCAUUUUGCUCAGCCCUGCUCCUCAAAACAUAUCGGUGACCGUGUCUUCACUUUUGAAGCAGAUCCCGAUUCCUCUGUUAAUGUGUCACAGCUCUUCCAACAAUACUCAAACCUGGACGACUUCUCACUGUCUUUGGAGACAUGUACUGGCACUACAGUGUGCACAGUUGUAUCUCAAAGUGGAAUGCACAUGACACAUCAGGCCAGAUUCUAUGGACCUAUCGCUGGCAACGUUUACAUCCGUCUCAACUCGGGACAAACCAAUCCCAGGGUUCUGACAGACCUUGUUGUAAUAGGAGAAGCCAGUGCGACACAGUCAAAUGUCACCCUCUAUGGAUCCAUGAGCACAGACACAAACUGUACCGCUCUUCUUGAAGGCUUAGAUUCCUCAGCUUUAAAGAGUUUGGGUGUGGUAAAAGUUGGUACCCCCUUGAUGCCUUUGAAAUCUCGCCUUGAUCUGUCCAACUUCAACUAUGGCUUUCUUCUGUACCGUAUGAAUUCAAAUUACAAGUGUGCUAAGAUUUACAAUGUGGCAAGGAAGAAGGUGAGCGCUGUCAUGGACAUGAAAGGGAUCAAAGGCCACUUCAGCUUCAUCCAGCCCUCCCCAUUUGACGUGACAGAGGUGAAGUUGAACCUAACCAACUUAAGGAACAAAGUCGGGCCUUAUCAUGUGCACCUGUUUCCUGUCCCCUUUGCCCAAAUGACUGAAUCAUCACUGUGUUCAAAUGAUAACGUAGGUGGUCACUUGAAUCCAUUCAAUGUAAACACAAGCAGCCCAACAUAUCCAAAUGGGCCUGGUUCAUCACAUGACAUGUAUGAGAUUGGUGACCUUAGCAACAAGCACAUGUCCCUUGCAGGUAAAAACGAGGUGGAAAUGUCUUUCAAGGACUACCACCUACCUCUUUUUGGGCAGAACAGCAUUGUUGGUCGUUCAGUUGUCAUUCACCUGUUAGAUGGUUCCAGGUAUGCAUGUGCCAGUAUUGGCUAUCCUGGUGAGGUGGUGGUAUCAAGAGCCAAUUUUCACACCCCUGUGGUUGGUGAUAUCUGGUUCACCCAACUUAAAGACAACCCUUUGUCUGAUGUUUCCAUCUUUACGGAUUUAGCGUACGGUGAUCCCUCAAUGACACCAACCAAAAACCACAACUGGCAUGUCCACGUCUACCCCAUCAGCUCAGAAAAUGAUAACGAUGCUAAUCGCUGCAGCACAGCAGGAGGGCACUGGAACCCCUUUAAUGUCAACACAACAGACAGCAGCUAUGCCCGGGACUGUGACCCAUCCAGACCUUUCUCUUGUGAAGUGGGAGACCUCUCCAACAAGCACAGCACCAUUGAUCUUUUCACCAACCCAUGUAAAGUGGAGGGAAAAAACUUCUUCACUGACGUCACUUCCUGGUUGCCUGAUUCAGGCAUAACCGGUCGAUCUGUGGUUCUCCAUGAGGCAGGCAGAGGUGGGCCAAGGAUUGCUUGUGCCAAUGUAACAAUGACUCGAGUACCUAAGGCUAGCUUAGGUACUUGGUAUGGCCCUGGGAUGACAAGUGGCCAGAUUCAGUUCUCCCAGGCUGUCCCACAAGGUCCCACAACUAUAAACAUGUCCUUAAUGAAUCUGAAUGCCUUAGCAGGGGGUUACCAUGUUCACAUACUCCCCAUCAUACCUGGCAGUGAAGAACCAUGCUCCAAUGCCAACAUCCUUGGUCACUUCAAUCCAUUAGGAGUGAACAUAUCAAACAGCCCUGACCCUGGAACAGGCACUGUGGACCAGUAUGAGAUUGGGGACAUCAGUGGGAAGUUUGGGUUGCUGACUAACCUCAAUGAGCUUCAGACUGUAUACAUGGACCAAAACAUGCCAUUGACUGGACCUCACAGCAUAGUGGGAAGAUCAGUGGUGGUCCACUAUACCAACGGCUCAAGGUGAGACCCUAACUCAUGCCUUUGUGAUUAUUACAGAGAAAUAAACUGACAGAGGGUGACAGUAAAGUAGAGAAUGGGAUAUCAAGAAAUACUUGACAUGAAUGUCGAUCAAAGUUUCCCCAGUAGAGGAAAAAAUAGCACUGUAACAACAUCACUGUAGCCACAAACUCUGCUCAUCAGAUCAGUGCUGUUGAAUUUAAAAACUAAAGCAUUUCUUAUUGUCUGGAUCACAUUUUAAUAUUGACCAUAAAUAAAUAAAUAAAUAAAUAAACAAAAGAAAUAGGAGUAAUUCCAGCUGCGGUAGUUUUUGGUGACACCAAUGCUGUUGCAGUUGAAUAGAUGUAAAACUAGCCCCAGUCUCGGAAGCUCCUUGGCACAAUAACUGACCUGACUGGUCUAUUGAGGGCAAAAUUAGGAGUAGGUUGUCAUGGACAUGGAGUCAUAUCCUUUUCAUGUAUUCUAUUGUAUUAAAGUACAGCUCAUCUAUCUAUUUUGUGAAGAAGAAUGACUCAACUAAGUUUUCAGAGGAAAGAAAUUUCCAAGGUUUACCUCACUGAAGCUGGACAUGCUUUCUAUACUUGUGUGUUUCUGUGUUUUCUUUACAGACUGCGGUGUGCUAACAUCAUGGCUGACACAGAUUCAGAUGGCCAUAUGACCAUUGCUAAGGCGGUUUUCAGUGGCACAGUCAAUGGGACUGUAACAAUGGUAAGUACCAACAAUAGACUAGGGAUGCAAUGAUUAGACUUAGAUGGUCUUAGUAAUAAUCACAUCUUCACAGUUAUUAUUAUAAUAAUGUAUUUAUUUUGCAUCAUCAUCAAUGUAUACAAUCCCAUGAAUAUUAUUUUUAGUACACUAGUGUGUUAUUUACUGAAACCUUUUGAAACAGAAACAACAGAAGAAAUAAAACAGAAACCCAAGAAAAGAUAUACAGUGAUUAAUAGAGAACAUUUCUCAUGCAGUGUUUGAACUUAAUUACACUAAAUAAUCUUUGGCAUAGUGCUGAAAUUGCAAAAGCUACUGAUUACAUCUUUUUUGCCAGACGCCUGGUGAUUUAACCCACUUUGUAUAGUAAUUACUUCACAGAGAUGAGGAAAAUUGCACAGGUACAAAACAACAAAAAAAUGUCUUGAAACAAGGGGCAAAACGAAAGUGGUUUUGCAACAAAAAAUUAAGAGGAAGAGAAAAAGCUUGUUGACUUUGCUUAAGGCUUGAUGUCCUUUAUGUUUUAGUGGGUUUGUGAACAGGUGGUCACAGUUCAAAUUCCACAAAUGCAUGUGUGUGUGUUGAAGACCUGAAUAGAAACUGGAAGAGAAACUUCAUCUAAAGAAAGCUAGGUUGUGUAAAAUACCAUACUCCAUACUUUAAAGAAAGCCAUCCUCACAAACUCUGAGAGUUUAUAUUUACUUUUCAUUAGUGCCAUCCUGGUUCACCCAUUACCUGACCCUAAACUUCAAGAUUCCAACCUGCAUUGUAAGAGCCACAAAAGACAGGCUAUACUUGCAUCUAUACGCCAAGGUUUUCCUUCCAGUUAAUCUGUUAGCGACCAAGCUGCCACAGAAACAUGACAGCGUAUUACUGCUCCAUGAGACAAACAUUGGAGCAACCGGCUAUGGGAAGCUGAACAUUAGCUUAGCUUUGUCUGCUGCAGCCAGAGGAACCCACAAGCUGUCUGAACUGGGAAGCUCAUGGAGGGAACAGCUGUGCCUGUCAGCCACCCUCCAGAGGCCUCAUGCUGUGCUCGGUACUGCAUCUAUGGAUAAGAGCUCCAAAGCAGCUAUAUUAUCAGGGAUAAAAUGAAAGUCUGGUUACUCCCUUACCUUAAAUCUACCUGUCCUGCUUAGGUCACAGAGAGUCAGACGGCCUGAAAAAUACUUUAAGUGGUAAUUCUUUGUAGGAUCCACACAUCCCAGAUUAUGUUCAGGUUUGUCAGCCUUACAGCAGAGGACAUCAAAUUCUAGUUAUGCUGCCUACUAUGUAAGAAACAGAGUGCAUGUGUAUUUUUUUCUUCUGUUAUUCUUCACUUCUGAAGUUUCUUUUCUCUCUUUAUAGCGCCAGCAGAUGUUUCCUGAUGGCAGCAGUGAUGUCACUAUGGAAGUGAACCUUCAACAGAUGACAAGACAAAACGUAGGUGCAGAGAUUUAUACUGAACACACAGUUUAUCACAAAUAUUUUCAUAAAGAAGAGUCUUGGUAAAAAUGAUUUGUACCAGUUAAAGUAAAAUUUGAAAUGAUUUGACAAUUAACAGCCUCAACAUUAAGGACUUGUACUUGUGAAACCACAAAAAAUAAGAUACAUAAUAAGGCAGACACCAGAGUAGCUGAGUGACUGCUAAGCUGAAAAAGACAUGGACAAUAACUCUGAAAUUGAUCAGGAAACGAGAGAGAGCUCCAAUCCGGUCCUGGCUUAAAAUAACGCAAAGAUAACACUGAGUUUGUACCUUCAAGCACUGUAAAUGAAACUGCCACACAAGAAAGAUGAAAUAUUCCCCAAACUUAUAUGGAUCCAUGUUUAUAGUGCCAAAGCUGAAAGUAAAACAUUAACAAAGGAAAGGUAUAAAGUUUAAUAUAGCAGACAUCUAACGUUAAACCAGGAGUAAUGGGUAAGUCAGCAUGAGAGAGCAUUUCUUGUAUGAUAUCGUUUUCCUGCUUCCCAGAGUCACAUAACCAACAUAAGCAACUUUUUUUUUUUGCAAUACAAGGUUACAAAAAUGGAACAUAGACAGAAAGACCGAUUGAAGUUUCCUUAAUAGUUAAACUUAGAGGCCUUGCCUUUCAAUAUGUGUGGAUUCUCUCUGUAUAUGAGACUUCUGAAGUAUAUAGAUAUUCAAAGACAAUGUAUGCACUCUCUCAUGUUUGUAUUUUGUCUCUCCAGCUGUCUUCUGCAUUCAUGGCUAUCAAGCGCAAUCGUGUGGGCGCCAAUGGCCAGUGCAACAGUGUGGGAGAAGUGUUCAAUCCCUUCAAUGUGCCACUGAGUGUAAGGGCAGAGGAGCUCAUCUUUUACUCUGUUGAUCUAUUUUUUAACUUCAAUUUUUCUCUUUUUGCUCUGCAUCACUGAAAAACUAAAAGUAUUUUUAGUUUUUGGCCAAUAUAGAUUUUGCAUUUGAUCAUGUUUACACAGCCCUGGAUAUCAAAUGUAAAACCCUGAAAGCCUGUUAUCAUUUCCCUAUCACUCCCACAGAUAGAUGAUACGCUCAGUUGCAUAACUGACCCUAUAAAAAGGUGCAAUCUGCAACUUUGUCAUGAAAACCACAUCAGCAAGAUAGCCUUUGCAUCCAAGUGGAGACAAAUAUUCCUUUACUUGAAAUACUUGGAAUAUGAAAACUCAAAGACAAGCAUUAUCCACUGUGUAAAACAUUUCGAUUAUGCACAUUUGUGGCAAACUAAACUGAGAUUUAUAAAUUGUCCCUCAGAGCUCAAGCUGUUCUGCAGAAAACCCUCGGCACUGUGCUGUGGGAGAGGUAUCUGGACGACAUGGAAAUGUCAGUCUGAUGAUGAGACAGCUCUUGACUGACAGCAACAUCAUGACGACAGGAGACAACUCAGGUAACAUUACUGCUUUUCAAAGGAGACAGGUGAAAAUGUGUGCAUAUUCAGAAGAGGAAAGACUGAGUUAAGUAAUGAAUGUCAUCUUUAGUAGAGAGUUGUAAACACACAAAUUAAAUAAGUUAGGGUAUUUAAGAGUAUAUAGCACAGUGGAACAGAUGUGUUUAUGUUUGCCUGUCUUUGCAGUUGUGCACAGAUCUCUAGUGCUGAAGGUUGGAGGGGAUAUCAUUGCAUGUGCCGACAUCCUCCCAGAGUCCCCCUCCGCAGCGCAGACCUUUCCCGCUGUGUCCAACUUUAGCAGGUGAGUGCAACAAAACAACUAUAUGAUUAUUGUUUUUUCACCACAUGUGUACCAAUCACCUAUGAGGCCCACAAACAGGGCCUGAAAGUUUAGUUAUAUUUCAAAUUGUGUUGAGUUGUUGUUCUUCUUACUUUGUUUGACCUUUAGACCUCAAAGUUAAGAAGUUGAACAGACUGAAUUCAGCUAAAUGUUGGUGAAAUUAAUAUUAGCCUCCAAUACUGCUCAAAAUAUAGUAUCAAGUGUCAGCAAGAAGGCUAGUUAAUGCACCAAUACAAUGGUAUUAGAUCAGCUGUAUGGAGUUAAAUGAUCAUUUUUCACCAACAUACAAAUAAAUCAGAUAUAAAUUGUCCUCUGAGCAGCAUACGUCAAUCAUUUUUAAAACCCAGUCAAAGGAUAAAGGUGUGAAUGAACAAUCCUUCAGAUCACAUCCAAGUACAACAAAAAGAGAAAGAGAGAAACUUCCUCAUAUCUACACCAGUCAAUCAUUGUUAACAAAAACACAAAUAAAUUAACUAAGGCCCUGAAGAAACAAUACAAUUAUUACCUCAUGUCAAACAUGUCAGUCUUGAUUUGUUGACCUUCCUUGAGAAAACAUGUGACACAUGGCGGAACAGUUUCCUUUUGGCACCUAAUGCAGAUCUCACAAACUUGUAAUUGAAUUGAUUUAUGGUGCAAUUAGUUCAUGGCAUGAUGUCCUGAAGAUAAUGACAUGAUCCACAACGAGGAAGCACAUUGUUUUUUUUUUUGUUUUUUUUAAGUUUUAUUGUUUGUAUGUUAUUGUUCAUUUGUGUUUUGAGUGAGGGGCAGGUAAAAUAAGUUUUGUCCUUUACCUGUUGCCUUCUGGUCCUGUGCUUUGUUACAGUUGAAAAAGGUCUCUUUGUUCUCAUGGAAAUGUUUAAAAAUUGCCAUGAGCGGAACAAAUAAAAUGAAAUGAGAUUGUCAGGAGACUCCUUGCAGUAUUUUCAGUGAAGGCCAGACAACAUUCAUUAUUAUAAAUAUUCUAAAACAUGGCCAUAGUCUUUUUCUGUGAAGACAUGGACAUGGACAAGACAUUGCACAGGCGGUCCUGGUCUGAUGAAAUGUCUUAAAAAGGUCUUAAAAACUUAAACUCAACUGGAUUACAGCAUUUGUCCUUGCUGCAUUCAGUUUGGUUUAGCUAUUUUCUAUGGAGUCAUCACAAAGACAGUGUUUUAAUCAUCGCAUUUGUCUCACUUGGUUUCUCUUUUGAUUAACUAUUAAAUAGCCAAUUAGCUUCUGUUCGAUGCCAGAAUAUGAUGUUAGCACUGAACUUGAUAACACUGUCAGUGGAAAUAUCCCUGUGCAGCCGUAAAUAUUUGUUGUAUUUUAACUGGUGUGUUUUACAGUCUGAAGAAAGUGUCCAAAUUGUGGGGUGAUAUUCUUCAAUGCCUUUUUCAGUCGUGAGGUGUAGUGCCUUCAAAUAAGUGUGAGCCAUGUAGUUUUGAUGCUGUUGUCAACUGUUGCCCAGCAGCUAAAUUGUUAUGAAGUGUUGUGCUGCGCCUUAAAAUCUCUCCUGAUGUCUCUUAAAAUGUUGCUGUACAUUUUUAAUGGUUAACCAACAGGAAAGCAAUUACAUGAAAAUGAUUUGUCUUAUAAGACUGAGAGCCUGCAACACAACAGUAACACACAUAAAAGCCGCUCAGAUUUCUCAAUUGUGACAUUAGAAGUAAUUCAUCCAAAUGUUAAUAUUUAAGAAUUAAACACCAGGGAUUUGUUACAUCAUGUUUCCCACAAGGUUGAUGUUUUCCUGUCUUUUCUUUUUUUUCUUUAUUGGCCUUAGGCAUGACUUCCGUCGUCGGGUUGCUCGUGUGCUGCAGUUGGACAUAUCAAGAGUUACAAUCCUGUCUGGCUCUCCCGAGGAAGCAACAGUCGAAAGCUGCCAGACUGUCAACUUCAUGGUGUCAGGUAGGUCAAAAAUCCUUUCUAAAAAAACAUUCCCCUAUCAUCACAAGAGUACAGCACUGGUAUUAUCUUUAAACACACAAAAAAUAAACUUAAUUUACUGAUUAAUUUACAUUCUUCCUUCUCUAUUCCCACCAAAUGUGCUGGGGAAAAAAAAGCAAACAAGUUACUGUGACUAGCAUUGAUUGGGCAUAUAUUUGAUCCAACACCCAGGGAGCACGUGAAAGUAGGAUACAGUUUUGUUGACCUGUUAAUCCGUAUAAUCUCUAAAGGGAUUGGCUGUACUUGGAGUUUACUUUAUUAAGUACUCAUAACACUGAAGGUGUAACCUCUCUCUGUGGAAUGUAAAAAAGUACUUGGGAGUGUCAAAUACAAGAAACAAACAAAGUGUCUUUAGAAAACUCAUUCACCCAUAUAGCAAAUAUGAACAAAACUUUAACUCUUUAACCUAAAACAAACAUUUUUUAUACACUAAGAUUCAUGUUAUAUACCAUAUAUAAAAUUGUUAUGAGUGUAAAUCAUAAAUUUUAAUCUACUCUUUUAGCCUUUCAUAUUGUGUUCUGAACUCUAUAAGUACUGUUAUGUAACUUCAACACAUAAAGGAACCUACUUUUUAAAUAGAAAAUAACUACUUGAAAAAAAACACAAUCUCUAAUUCUGGUCCCAAUUUGAUAAAAAAGAAAAUUUGUAUCAGUCUGUUGGUACAGCGUGUCAGUCUUCAAACACUUCAAGCCUCCAGCACCAAUCCUGGCAAACUGUAUGCCUCGACUGUGUUCGUAGGGACAAUGAACAAGUAUGGGCAUUGAACAUCUUUAGAAAAGCUGAAAAAUCACCUGGUAACCUGAUGCUGGAGUUGAGUGUCUUAUUUCUGUCCCAUCCUCUAUCUCAGGGGGGAACAGAGAAGUACCUGUGUGGAGGUCUCACACAGUAUAGCACAGGAUGAGCAUUUAUACCCUCAAAAGCCUCCCACAAGGUGCAGAGUUUAAUAUUGCAAUCAUUACUGAGAAAAAGGCCAGUGAUUAUGGAGGUAAUAUUGCAGAAAGAUGCACUCAGAUAAGAGCUGAGAGCAUUGCAUUGUCUUCUUGGCUAACAGAAAAGGGAACAAGAAUGCUAUGCAUACAGACCAUAUUAGAGUUUUACUAACAUCUUGACAUCUAUAUUUAUCUAAAACUGUUAAGCAAUCACAUUUAGUUGCAUGAAGAAGAAAGAAACCGCUGCAGUAUUUCUGGUUUAUACUUAUGUGACUUAAUGAUUUAAACUAAGCUGCAGUAGUUAUCUAGAAAAAACAAAUCACUGAUCAUGUCUUUAAAGUCUUCUGUGAGAUUAAAUAUCACCAUAUCAUCUGUUUCCUCCAGGUGAUGUCAGCAAACAGCUCCUGGACUCUGUUAAAACCAGUGAGAUGAUGGGCGUGUACCAAGAGUCAGACACGUGUACACGUAAGUAGCUCCACCCUCAACUUAACUUUAGGUGAACAUAUGAAUGUAACCUAGUUUAUGCAUGUGAAGCCGACCAGUGUAGUCGAGUUUAAUUCCUUGAAAGAAUAAACUGUGUUUGACUUUCUGAUUUGAUGCCUCCAGGGAGUGCAGGUCCGCUCCUGCUGCCAGGGACUUUGCUUCUUUACUUGAUGUUUGCUGCCGCCUGCCUGCUGCCAUCUUCACUGUAUUCAUAGUUUAUACAAUCAGCCACACCAUACUUUAUUAUCAUAGAUCCUUGGGUCCUCAUUUUGUAAAAUACUGAAUUUGUUUAUGAAUGUAACCAAUCAACUUUGAUGGUCAUCUGAAUGAUAAUUGAACAGAUAAUGCCUUUGUUUCAAUGUUUAACAAUCAAGAUCCUUCAGCCAUACAUUUUAAUUUACACCAGUAGACAUUAAGUUAAUAUGUUUGAUGAUAGGAAAGUAAUCUUUGCACACGAAGAUCUUACUUUUAUCCACUAUUCACUUGGAUUGUUAUAAACCAAUGCUGAAUAUUUACCAUUUUUCAGACCUGUCUGUUCUUUUUUGUUGUUGUUUUGUUUUAUGCACAACAUCCAAGUCAAAUUUUGUAUAAACAUCUGGGAAAUUGUGAAUAAAGACAAUAAUGUUUGUACACCAUGGGCCAGUUGUCUAUUUUUCUGUAGGAGCACCAAACAUGCGAGCAGUGCUUACAGGUCUUUAGCUGGAAGGUAAUUCUAUGACACAUUUUAAAAGGAGAGCUUUCAAAUAAAAUUCUGGUGCCUCACCCUAAUGAGGCAUCAAUUGAGACUUUUAAUGACUGACUAAAUCAAGACUUUACAAAAGGCAUAGGUUAUGAAACUUUUUUCUGGCAGGUGCCCUUGCAGGGCACUCAUUUGGCCUUUCAACCUUUUAAAUUCAAUUUGUAUGCACUGUAUGUUGAGAAAAGGCAUCAAAGCAUGAGGGCCAAAAUACAAGAAACCUACCACACAUAAUAAAAAACACACUUUAGAGUAAUCAGAGUAAGUAGUCAAAUUAGGAUAAGAUAUAGACAUAUACCAUCUUUAUUCACAGCAAAAGGUAGAGGGGCCUGCUAGUUACAUCAACAGGCUUAAGGACUAUGAAAAGGUGUAUCAUAUUCACACAGACAGUGAAGGACUAAGGAAAAAAUAACUGAGCAAAGCCUGGAGUAUAAUGUGGUAAAUACAUUUCAUGUUACCGUAUUUCUCACUUGGUACCUUUAUUAUCAUUAUUUAUUUACAUUAGCAUGUCAUUAGGAAAGGUAAUUUGAAGAUUUCUGAAAUGCACAUAAAAGCAACCCAUAUAGUUUAAAGGUACAACGCUUAAAAAUUGUAAAAAUAAAAAAAGACACAUUUGAGAUGAUAACCAACUAUAGUUGCAAUUUCCUCUUUGCUGUUUCUCUUUCCAGUUAUAGCAACAUCAUGAAAACCUGGUCUAUGUCGUGCAAUCCAACAGCUCUACCACAAAUUCUGCUUUCAGAACGCCUCUGAAUUUUCAAUUCUCUCUUUCUGAAAUGAUCAGACAUGUGUCUACUGUCUAUUAUAGCCUCAUUUAUUAUUGGAGAAAUAAUGAGUUGUGGUGGAGUACUUGAGUGUGUUUUAUUAAACGAGCUUUCUGUUAUUUUGUUCACUUCAUUAACACAUGUAUGUUCUUUAUUAUCUUCAAUUAUAUUUACCUUCAAUGAUAAAGAAGACUACCUGUCCGACCAUUUCGGCAGAAACUGAAAAUUUGGAAACGUCCUGAAAGUAGAACUUUCAAUCCACUGUUGUGUUAGCUUGCAUUACAUGGCUCACAUUUUGGCUGGUAUAUGUUGGAAAGUCAAUUGGAGAUGCCUUGCUGUCACACCUGUAAACACACUUACUUGGUGCUUAGAUGCCCUCAGUUGUGUAGCAUAUUUAGGCUCAAGGUGUAGGGAGAACAAUACCCCAAAGAAGGGUGUUAUCCUGUCAGGCAUGGAGUGUAUCUCAGCUCUUUGCCAGCAUGUUUUUUUUGGAUUUAUACAAUAAAAUAACUAUAUUUAAUGAUAGUAGGCUAAUUCUAUUAUUAAUGAUAAUAAAGUUGUUGUUUUUCCCCAGGAGAAUGUCUUCCUUUUUCACCAAUUAAGUAUAAUUCAGGACUUAUAGUGUAGUUCCUGUAUAUGGCAUAUAGAGUAAUUACAGCAUAGUCGUUAAGAAAUGAGUUAUAGUCUCUGGUGUAUGGUUCACUCAGAGAAAAAGAGGCGAGUCUGGAAUUCUCUACGUCUACUGGAAGAAACUGCAGUCACGUGACUGCAAACGUCAACACCGAAAUGGCAGCCUCCACUUUUGUAAAUUAACACAAGGUCCAAGCUGGUAAAGGAACGAGUCGUUUUUGAGCCAAGAAUCUCAUUUCCAAGACGAAACCACCGGGUGUGUACUCAGUGUUUCACUCGCCGUGUGUGGGGGGACAUAAAAGUUAGCUAGCAGCAGAGUGCGGGGCUAAUGUAAACAUGUACCGGUGGUUGAGAGGGAGCACGGAGGGAUGUUGACUGUUUUCAAGUCGGGAAACGGCUGGUAACUCCAAAGCCAAUAUCAGUUUACUUUUAUUCUGCUACGGCCAAGAGAUAGCGUUCACUUAGAGAAGCAAAUGUGGGUUAGUCGGUUCGCCAGCAACUCUGUAAAUAUACUAAUUGUAGCCGGCGUGCUACCACACCCACUACGGAAUAAAACGGCGACAUACUGAAUGAAUCGGUUAUUGUGUGGUGUAUUGGUUAGUCUGUGAAUGUAGCUAAAGUACAUCAGCCUGGCUAAUUACAAUAUUGUUCUACUGUGUCUUAUAAUACUUGAAGCUACAGCUCUGUUUUUACAUAGACUUAUUGGCUAGUAGAGAGCUUUAAAAUGGACUGAUAUAUUCAAUGCCAACUUGUAAACAACAAUCGCAUGCGGACUGUUUAAGCCUAUAGGAGAGUUCAUCGAUGAAGAGUUCUGCAACCUGAUUGGUUGGCUCGUACACUGAUUUCUACUGUAACGCAGAGGAUGUAGUUGGUGAUAGCUUCCUCUGGACUUAGUUUCCUCUGGACUUUGCUGGAUGAUUGAAGCGGUUAAAAGGGUCACAGACCUGCCAGCACAAGCUAAUUGGCCUACUCUUUUAAUGUUUAACUCCUGCGAAAAUUGCUUUAUGAGUUUAAGACCAAAGAUCCAGGUGUGGACUGUGACUUUGAGCUCCACGUUAAUAGUCAGGUAGGAAACAGCCAGUUGCUGUCCUGGUUUUGUCAGCUGAAGACGACAUGACUUCACAAAAGUCAGGUAACCCACAGACAAUCAGGGUACUUGAAAUAGGAGUAGACAAGGGAAAGGUUAAAUCUUGUUAUUGUUGUUUGAAGCGAGCGGUUUCUGAUAUUCUACAGAUUCUCUUACACCAUAAAUAUCCUGGAAUGACAGUUUGCAUACUUUAAAUUUCAGCAGCCUUUUACAAUCAGUUUAUUGGGCAUGUUAAUGGAUUGUUGAAGUAUCCAGUUUGGUUUUAAGAAGUAUGUUGCAUGUUUAAUCCUUAAACUUUUGUGUCAUGUACUUUCUCCUUAUAGACACCAGUAUGUCUCCAAAGAUCACAGGAGAGCUGCUCAGGCAGCUUCGCCAGGCCAUGAGAAACUGUAAAUACUUCUCUGAGCCUAUACAAGCCUACAUCGUCCCUUCUGGAGAUGCGCAUCAGGUAAGUGAGAUCAAACACAGACUCAUAACAUACAGUGGAUUUAAAAAGUCUACACACCCCUGUUUAACUGCCAGGAUUUUGUGAAGUAAGAAAAUGGCAGCAAGAUAAAUAUAUUCACAACUUUUUUCCACCUUUAAUGUGACCUAUAACCUGUACAAUGCAAUUGGAAAAACAAACUGAAACCUUUAAGGGGAAUGGGAUUCAGAUCUGGUCUCUGGCUGGGCCAUUCCAAAGUCUCAAUCUUAUUCCGGUGAAGCCAUUCUUUUGUUGAUUUACUUGUGUGCUUUGGGUCAUUGUCGUGCUGAAGGAUGAAGUUCCUCUUCAUCUUCAGCUUUCUGGCAGAAGGCCGAAGGUUUUGUGCCAACACUGACUGGUAUUUUGAACUGUUCAGAAUUCCCUUCACCCUGACUAGGGCACCAGUUUCAGCUGAAGAAAAACAGCCCUAAAGCAUGAUGCUGCCACCACCAUGCUUCACUGUGGGUAUGGUGUUCUUUUGGUGAUGAGCAGUGUUGUUUUUGCGCAAAAUAUACCUUUUGCAAUUAUGUCCAAAAAGUUAAACUUUGGUUUCAUCAGACCAUAAAACAUUUUCCCUCAUGCGUUUGGGAGAUUUCAGAUGUCUUUUUGCAAAAUUAAGCAGGGCUUUGAUGUUUUUCUUUGUAAGAUAAGGUUUCUGUCUUGCCACCCUACCCCACAGCCCAGACAUAUGAAGACAGCGGGAGAUGUUGUCUUAUGUACUACACAGCCAGUACUUGCCAGAAAUCCCUGCAGCUCCUUUAGUGUUGUUGUUGUUGAUGACGGUUUUUACUGUGUUCCAUGGUAUAUCUAAUUCCUUGGAAAUUCUUUGUAGCCCUCACCAGACUGAUAUCUUUGAAUAAUAAGAUGCCUCUGAUGCUUUGGAAGCUCUCUGCGGACCAUGGCUUGUGUUGGAAGAUGUGGCUACAAAAAUGUCAGGAAAAGCCUUCUAGAACAGCUGAACUUUAUUUGGGGUUGAUCAGAGGCACUUUAAUUGGUGACAGGUGUGUGCUGACUCCAAUUUAACCUGAGUUUGAAUGUUAUUGGUUAAAUCUGAACACAGCCACAUCCCCAGUUAUGAAAGGGUGUGCACACUUAGGCAACCACAUGAUCUCAGUUGUUUAUUUUUACUUCACCUCCCUGAAAGAUUUCUGUUUGUUUUUCAAUUGUGUUGUACAGGUUAUAGGUCACAUUGAAGGCGGAAGAAGUUGUGAAAUUAUUUAUCUUGAUGUAACUUUUUUACAUGACAAAAACCUGGCAGUUGAACAGGGGUGUGUACACUUUUUAUAUCCACUGUAUGUGUACUAAAGAACAUUUGGACAUGGCCGAGUAUUUGAAAACAUGAAUCUGGAACUGUUUGCAGAGACUGUCAGCUGCCACCAUUGCAUGAUUUACUUUGGUUGUAUUCUAAUUAACUUUCAAUAGUCUCAACUGACCUUCGCAAUUAAUUGCAGCCCUUUGCCAACUGCUCCUCCCUUUCCCCACUCCUUGUACGAGGCGUGAUGUGAGAAGAGCAGCAAAGGCGGCAUUUAAAUGUCUGACUUGUUGGUAGCCUCUUUACACUGAUUUGUUAAUGAAGCUGAUGUCUCUUUCUCCUUCUUCCAUUCUCUCUCUUUAUCUCUGGGCCCCUUCGCCUUUCAGAGUGAAUACAUAGCACCAUGUGACUGCAGACGUGAAUUCAUCUGUGGGUUCAACGGCUCUGCAGGUAUGUUCAUCUUGUGGUGACUGCUUUGACCAGAAGCCAAGCUGUUAUGGUGGAGAAUUCUGGGACAGGGUAGUAAUUUAGUCUCAAGUUCAGUUUGGUUACAGCAGUAACGUGUCAGCACAGAAUGGACAAUGGUUCAUCUAAAUUGGCCUACAUUUUCGACGAUAGAGACACUGCUGUUCAUCCUGGCAUAAGCACAGGUUGUAAAAAAUACAGUCAUCUUGAUCACUCACAGAACUUGUAUCUGCCUUUGAGAUUUUAGAGGCAGAUAGUAAUGUUUUUAUGUUUCUAUAAACAGGUCAAACAACUCAUCGUUUUGUAGGUCAAACAAUAAAAACAAACAAGUGCAUCACCAUUUUUAAGAUUCAUCACUAGCAAGGAUUUCAUCCAACAAACUGCCUGUGUUUUGAAAGGUCUGAUCAUUCUAUUUUGUGUUGCAUAGGCACAGCCAUUGUCACAGAGCAGCAUGCCGCAAUGUGGACUGAUGGGCGCUAUUUCCUCCAGGCCAGUCAGCAGAUGGACAAUAACUGGACCCUCAUGAAGAUGGGUAAUGUCCUACUUGUAGCUUCUUUUGUAUAUAAUAAGGAAAAAAAAGGAACACGAACUGUAAGAAACAUCAGGUAUAAGAAGAUGUUAAAGCUUCAAUAAAUACAUGAAUCACACAGCUAGACUUAAAGCACAAAUGCUACAACCUAAUCUGAGAGUAGAUGAAUAUAUAAGUGUACAUACAGGCUUUCUCACUUGUUGCAUACGAUGAGUUUCUUUGUAGAAAAUGAAACUUUGAGGAUGUUCUUAACACUUGUGUAAGUUGGGUCUUUCUAAUGCUCUUGCCAUUGUGUGUGAUUUUUUUAUUGUAAAUGAUUAAGGACUGAAGGAGACUCCCUCCCAGGAGGACUGGCUGAUCAGCAUCCUGCCUGAGAACUCCAAAGUGGGGGUUGAUCCUUGGAUCAUAGCUGCUGGUAAGAUGUGGUUCCAUACAAGAGAUAGAGUUGGACACAUAAUUCCAGUUCAGUGUGGUAUAAACACUGCAGUGUUCCUGGACUAUGGCAGGAAAUAUUACAUUGUAGAGAAACGAGAUAAUCUAUCAUACCUGCUCAACAACUUGAACAACUUGAAAAUUGAAAACAGGGUACUACUUUCACUGUGAUGCUAAUCAAAUAUAAUGAGUGUUAAAUUUUUUUGAUCUUACCUGCAUCUCAACACAAUCUGAUUUUGCUUUCAGAUCAGUGGAAGAACAUGUCAAAAGCGCUGAUAAGUGCAGGCCACUCUCUGGUGGCGGUGCAGGAUAACCUGAUUGAUGUGGUCUGGACAGACCGCCCAGAAAGACCCAGUACACAACUCCGCAUCCUUGGAUUAGAUUACACCGGUCAGUGCAAGCCCCAGAUUAACUACAUGAUUAGACAGAGAGUUAUUAUACAUAGUUUUUACUCUUUAACAUCUCUUCAGAGAUCUAUCUUCAACGUGAUAUUUUAAAAAUUCACACAAGGUGAAGUUAAUAUCUUACUCUAGUUUAUUUCUUAUUUUAUUGUGAGUGCAAAUUUGAUUUAUGCUUGAUACUUUUAAUUUAAUCUUUAUUUAUCUUUGAAUCUAAAAAGGAAAAAAAUCAAGGCUUCAGUCAUGUUGCUGGAUUGACAGGUUUUAAAAGGAAAUGGGAUUUGCGUCAGUGCCUGGUUGAAGAGCAUAUUUGUCACCUUGUAGGUGUAUCCUGGCAAGACAAGAUCACUGCGCUACGGGCCAAGAUGACAGAGAGGAAACUCACAUGGUUUGUUGCCACAGCGCUGGACGAGAUUGCAUGUACGUAGAGUUUUGUGCACAUGGUAUGCGGGGGAAACUCCUUAACGCAAUACGAAAGACAAUGCUUCUUUUAAGACAAAGUGUUUACUGAAAACUUAAUGAGUCAUGUUUUUCUUUAAACCAGUUUCACAAAACUUGUCAACGCCUAUUCAUUCAAAGUCUUUGGAUUCCAAACAUAAAUCACUUAAUUUGAUGGCAACAAUUUGCUUUGACCCCUUUCUUGUAAUGGCACAGUAACAACAAUGACUUGAAAGAUGACUGCUGCAGGGUAUAGUUUGACGUGUUCCAGGUUAUGGGUGGAGAUAUCCAGUACGGAUGUUACACAAUGUCCAUGUGAAAGUGGAUUUACUGGAAAAGGAAACAAAUACCUCCUUAAGGGUCUCUUGUUGAUGUAUAGUGUUAGCCUUGAUAUAUUGUGACAUGUGUAAGUUUUAACUGCGUACAACAAGCAGCAGCCAUCACUGACACUGAUGUCACACCUCUGACAUAAGUUCGUUUUGAUAGAGAUCACGAUCCAAGGACCCAGGGAUACAGGGGUGUCUCUCUAGAUGCCUGUUUAAGCACCUUGUUCAGCGUGCCUAAUGAGCUCUUGUAUCUGAUUGUUUGGUCUGAGAGUUUGUGUUAAUUAAAGUGACGCUGAUUCUGAUUGUCAUCAGGUUGUAUUUAGACCAGAGCGUUUCACUGAGUGUUAAAGUAAAGGGGAUUUGCUCAGACAUCUGCAAGUGAUGGGUGACAUGACGGGUAAAGAUCUGUUUCACCAGGCUUAGGCUUUGGUUGAGACACAGAAAAUUCAAAAUUUAGAUUAAAGUUAAAAGUGAUAACAGUUUGAUUAGCAUGAUAUCAAAUGUUACUUAAACUAAUGUUUCACUUUAUUUCCUUUUCUCAGGGCUUUUUAACCUCCGAGGCGCAGACAUUGAGUACAACCCAGUGUUCUUUGCAUAUGCCAUUGUGGGGUUGAACACAAUAAGGUAAAUAAUACACAACACAAUAGUGCAACAUAUUGGUUUGAUCUCUUUUUCAUAGAAUACCUUGAUUCUAAUGAUGAAAGUAAUAAAAAUCAACAACAGUUAAGCUAAAACUCAUGUCUGGUAAAAGCACAUAUACAAAAAUGAGUAUUUAGAUAAGUUUUAAGAGAGGAUAAGGAACUUGCUGGUUGCUGAUUAAUAAAAAAAAAAUACAAGUCUUUUAUUUAAAAGUUGACUGCAAACAGCCUGUACUCAUAGAUUUUAGAAAAUUAUUUAAAACACUCAAGAAAACUGAGUUUUGCAAUUGGAAAACAUUUACUUCACAAAUACUCUACAUCAAUUUUCAACCUAAAAUUAGCCCAGAUAAGUCAACAUCAAAUACCUUAAAUCUUUCACACCCCUUAAAGCUCUUCAUUACUGCUUCCCACACUCAUGCAAAAACCUUGAACGUUAAGUGGAGUAUUGUUCUGAAUGCCACAUGCAGAAAUAAGGUUUUUUUUUUUUUUUUUGAGUACUUCACUGAAAACCCUCUCCAUCUCUGCAGGCUUUUUGUGGACCUAAAACGUCUCUCUGAUCCAGCAUUGAGAGACCACCUGCAGCUGGACUCCCCCAGCAAACCUGAGCUAAGCAUCCGCACAUUCCCAUAUGAGUCGGUCUUCACUGAGCUCCAGGCAAUCUGUGCAGCUCUGGGCCCUAAAGACAAAGUGUGGAUCUGCGACAAGGCCAGCUGUGCCCUCACACAGGUCAUCCCAAAGGUAAGAGAUCAAAAUGGAAACCAGCAGAAAGGGAAGAUUAAAAUUUCUCUGGUGUGUGUUGGUGAGGGGACACAAAGAUUUUUUUUUUUAGUUGUGAGUUGUUCAUAUGUUUGGAAAAAAAAAAUCAUACCCUUUAUGCCUCUUUUCUUCAUCUUAUAACUGACAGUGACAAUAGCAAAGGUAUUUUGGUUAUCAUCAUUAAAUACGUGUCUAUGCUGCUCGGAUUAUUUGUAGAUCAAUUCCAGAGUACACUGGAAUAAAAUAAUUGGAAAGUACAUUUGCUUACAUAAAAUCUAAGUUGCUUUAGCUGCUUUUCAAACUGUGAAGUAACCUUUAAAUGUGCUGUAGGCUCACAGGACACCAAUUCCCUACACCCCCCUUUGCCUCGCCAAGGCUGUGAAGAAUGCCACUGAGAUUCAAGGCAUGAAAAUGGCCCACGUAAGAACCUUUGGACUUCCUUAAAUCUGCUCUGUCAUCCCUCAAUCACUGACUUUAUGGCAUCUUUAAAAACCCCCAGUACUAGUCUUAAAUCUCCCAUACUUUGCCCUCUCUACAGAUCAAGGAUGCAGUUGCGCUCUGUGAGCUCUUUGCUUGGUUGGAAAAGGAGGUACAUUUUUCACUCUUUAGCCAUGUAUUAAUAAAUGUGACAUAUUUUAAAACAUACCUACUUUAUAUUUGUGUAACCUCUCGAAACAAUAAAAAGUUCUUCAAUUGAACUGACAUAAAUGUCCAUCGAUCAGUGGGUUUGGGAGGCCUUCAUUCUCAGGAAGGAAUUUGUGUAGCCUAGUUUGGACUGGAGGAUGUACUGAUGUUUUUCUAAUGCUUCCUGCAUGACUGGAUGCUGCAGUUAUUGUGUGAUUUGUUUUUUAGAUUCCAAAAGGCAAUGUGACGGAGAUUUCCGCUGCUGACAAGGCUGAAGAGUUCCGCAGGUGGGUUUUUUUCAUGGUCAUUUCCAGAAAACACUUGGGUUUACCGGAUUUCAUUGUCGGGCUGAUCCAGUUUAACUUCAUGUCAGCUUUCAUGCUUAAAAUGCAAAGUGAUGAAUGCUGUGUGUGAUGUGUUAUGAUAGUGACUCUGCUGGAGCUAUAUCCUCCUCUAGUGGACACGGAGGGUUAGCAAAAUGUUUGCUAAAGAUCUGACAGGGGAUACAAACACCUUGUUUACCUUUCAAAAGUUUCAUCCUCUUUAUACUCUAACUUUUUUAGGAUAUAUAUACAUUUAGUAUGACUUUUGAGCCAUAAAUGGUUGGACAAUUUCAUAGACUAACUGCCCAUGAGGUUAGUGGAUCAUUAAACACAUAAAGAGUAAUCAAGACUGACGUUUCCACAAAGGAUCAGUUGUUGUUGUUUUUAUUGUGUUUUUUUUCACACUAUGCUUGUUUUUCAGUCAACAGAAAGACUUUGUUGGCCUCAGUUUCCCCACAAUUUCAAGUGUUGGUCCAAACGGAGCGAUCAUACAUUACAGGUUGGCUGAAAUGCACACAGAUGGGCUAACUUUGCACCCGUACUUUGUUGUUGUAUUAUACUUAGUUUUUAUCUCUAACUUUUUUCUUCUACCUUUCAGACCACUGCCUGAAACCAACAGGACUCUCUCUUUGAAUGAAGUAUACCUGAUCGACUCUGGAGCUCAGUACAUGUAAUUAAGCUCAUGACUGUAUGAAGAUGAAUUAUAUCUGUUGUAUUCAGACUGAUCGUCUCUGACCGUAGACUGUAUAAAGAAUGGACAGAGUCUGCCUCCUUGCUGGGUGAAGCCGCUCCGAGAACAGCACCCUCUGUUGAUGGGCUGCAGUAUAGGUCAUAAAUCCCGCCUCCACCAGCAAAGCUUACAGGGCUGUGGACUAACGUUAGAAAUUUAUUACACAGAACAUAAUUUUUUUCUCCCCCCUGCUUGCGAUGUUGACAUGUAGUUACUGUAAGACUGGUUUGUGCUUAAGUCCUCUUUUUUCUGUUAAGCUCCAUUUUUUAAAGUUAUCAGGGGGUUCACGUUUUGUAUGAUUGACACCUGAUACAGCCUAUGGGCAUUCAGGGAUUGCGUAGCUCCCCCGGGGGAUACGCUGUUUGAGCCGAGCGUCAUCACAGCGACUCUCUGCGACUGCGCGGCCGAACGCGCGCAUCGGUAAUGCGCAGCGCUGGUUUCAGGAAAUGAAGGAAAAUCCCAGAAAUACUGAGAGCUAUUUGGCUUCAAAUCCGUAUACAGGCGGAAGGCGGAACCAGGUUGUCCAUAGUUUAUACAGUCUAUGUCUCUGACUGAUAUUGCUAUGGGUUUUAUGCAUCGAUUCAUUCAAUUACAUAAUAAACUUAUUUCAGUGGAAAUGUAGCAGUUGUUACUUUUUUGUUGAAUAUUAUUAACUACAUGCAUUAACUGCUUCUUUGUCUAUGUCUGGCAGUGAUGGAACCACCGAUGUCACACGCACCAUGCACUUCGGGACCCCCUCUGCUUUUGAGAAGGUGAAUUUAUAGAGUUUUAAAGCAGUGGUUUCAAACUCAUUUAAAUCUGUGGUUGGAGUUUAUUUGACUAAAGCUUAUCACAUUAUUUCACUAUUUAAUGUGGUAACACGUACACAUCAGCAGUUAUUUAUAAAAAGUGUGUCUGUUUUCUUCUCAUGCUUUCUAGGAAUGCUUUACCUUUGUGCUGAAGGGACACAUAGCUGUCAGUGCUGCUGUUUUCCCAAACGGAACUAAAGGUGCAUGAACUUUGUACAUCAUUACUUCUUGAGCAUGUGUUAAACAGUAAGGCUCAAACCACUGAUUCACAUAUAAAGCACCUCUUGGAGUGCUAAUAUUUCUUUAAUGAAAUGUCACACAAAAACGGAUCAACAGUGGAUCCACAGGGAUCCUGAUCUUGUGGUCACGGAUCCGUGUCACUGCUCUCAGGAUGGGGUGGAAAAUUUCAAGAGCGUACUUUGUUUGCAGAACAGAGACACAGUGAGCUGUGUUUAAUAAAAGUACAUUUCAAAGACAGCAAACUGGACUUUUCACCAUAGCAUCCUGCUGUGCUUGUCAGUUUCAAACACUGACAAUAUGGGGGAAAGACACAGCAAAUAGCUUCAGUAAGAUAAAAAAACAGAGUGAUAAAGAGCACCUCACAUACUAUUUUAUGAGGAGUAUCAGCUGCUAUUCUCAAAUUCAUUUAGUGACUUUCCUGGCAUGAUAAGAGUGUCUCCGUCAUCCUUUGAUUACUUUUUUUUAUGGAUUCAGUCAAAAAAGUCAUCAAGCAUAAAUUCUCCUUUCCUUCCCCAGGACACUUGUUGGAUUCCUUUGCUCGUUCAGCUCUGUGGGAGUCAGGGCUGGACUAUCUUCACGGUACAGGACACGGUGUGGGCUGCUUCCUCAACGUCCAUGAGGGACCCUGUGGCAUCAGCUACAAGACCUUUGCUGAUGAACCUCUGGAGGCCGGCAUGAUCGUCAGUGAUGGUAAGAUAUGUUCAAAGAAGGGGCAGGUUUUUCAGUGAAGCAUCGAAAUGUCAGCUGGAGACAGUGACAUCUCUCGAUUCCAACUUUUUUUUUUUUUUUUUUUUUAUUUGAACAAAAAUAACAUAACAUGACAUAAACCACCAAUAGACAGAACAGUAAUAAUCACAAAAACAUACAAACGAAGCUAAUUAAAAACAAUUAACACAAGCACACACCAAAAACAUCAUUACAACAUAAAACAUACAGUGCAUCAGCAAAUUAAAUAAAUAAUAAUAUAAUAAAGGGUAGGAGGAAAUAAAAUUUAAAAAAAAAACAUCAAACAGUACACCAAGUUUUGCUUUCCAUUUUUUUUUUUAAGUUAAAUGCCAGCCUUCCACUUCAAUAAAUGCUUCCCACCUUUCCAAAUACUGUCCAACAUCCCCUUUCAUAUUAGCAGUAUACCCCUCCAAAAUAAAGUGACGUUUAAUAAACAUCUUAAAUUGCUUGAUAUUCAAAGAAUUUGCACUGUCAGCUUCAAAAAUAAAUCUCUUUCCCAACAAAAUAAUUAAAUUAAUAAUAUAACUGCUUGUUUCUGUAACAUCUCCAAGCAUAACAGAAAAGAAGUCACAUGUAAAACACAUCUUCAUAGCAAUACACAUUCUUUGAACCUCCCUCCAAAAAGUAGACAACAUGACAAUACCAAAACAGAUGUACUGUUGAUUCAGAUUCCAUUGAACAAAAACGACACUCAUCUGUCUCAAUAAUACCCCAAAUUUUAAGCAUUUUUCUAGUAGACAAAAAAUUAUAAAUGAUUUUUAACUGAAAGGAUCUUAAAAAUGUGUCUACAGUUGUUUUGAACAAUAGCUUGAAUACAUGUUGCCAUGGGAUAGGAAAAUCAAAAAUAUCCUCCCAUUUUUUAUAGGUAGUAUAAGGUGUAAUCAUUAGUGAUCUAGAGGUUAAGUGGAAUUUAUACAUAUUUCCAUUUAUUUUAUUUCCUUUUAACCAUCUUACAUUUCUUAUAGAAGGCUGACAAACAAAUAACUUUGACGUCCCACUACUAAUCUUUUGUUUCCAAUCUCUUUCUAUGGCAGAAAUCAAUUGAUUAUAUGAAUGAUGGGAACAAAUCAUAUCAUACAUUUCAAUAAAUUGGUUAUACUUCAUCAGUUUCCCAUCUUCAUCAACAAUAUCAUUUAUAAACAAUACACCAUGAUCAAAGACAUUUUUCCAGAAAAUUGGUUUCCCUUCAAUUAAGAUAUUUGAAUUAAACCAUAUUAUUUGCUGUAAAAUUUCAUCACGGUUUUCUGGAGGAUGAAACUGAAAAGCCAGCAUUGAAUUGCUUCCUUUAAAAAGGUGGAAACAUUUCCAAUCGUCUUAUUCACACAAUCUAUAUGAUUUGGCUGAAUCUGUAGGAAAGGAUAUAAUCUUUUUUGGAACAGUAAAUGGGUGUUCUCCAGUAUCUUACAUGAAAACCAGUCUUCAUUCAAGAAUAAUUUCUGAACUAAGGAGGAUUUAAGGGAAAAACAGAGAGACUCUAAAUUCAGUAAUUUUAACCCACCCUGUUCAUAAUUGUUGUAGAGGACUCCUCUUUUGAUCCUCUCUGGUUUAUUAUUCCAGAGGAACUUAAAGAUCUUUUGCUCAUAACCCUUAAAGAAGGAUUGUGAUGGGAUUGGGAGGGACAUAAAAAGAUAAAUAAAUUGUGAUACAACCAAGACAUUAACUAGGGUGAUUUUACCAAAAAGUGUUAAUGUUUCCCCCUUCCAUGGUUGUAAAAUCUUAUCUAUCUUUGUCAGCCUAUUAUCAUAGUUCAUCAUACUCAGGUCUUCUAAAUUUUCUGGAAUCACAAUACCCAAAACAUUAACCGGGCCAUCCGUCCAGACAAUGGGCAAUUUACUCAUUAUUUUGUAAUUUGUACCCUUCAGUGCUCCUAUCCUGAGAAUUUUGCAUUUUUCAUAGUUUGGCUUUAGACCAGAGUACUGUGAAAAAAGCUCUAAAAGUUCCAAAAGAGUUUGCAAACAAGAAGGUUUGGGGUUCAGUAGGAAACUAGUAUCAUCUGCGUACAUUGAAAUUUUUGUUUGUGUAUUCCCAAAAUCAAGCCCCUCUAUAUCCACAUUAGAUCUCACUUUAAUGGCUAGUAUUUCCAUAGCAAUUAUAAAUAAAUAUGGUGAUAAUGGGCAUCCUUGUUUUACUCCCCUUGUUAGAGGUACAGACUUUGAAAUAUAACCGUUAUUACUAAUCUUACAAUUAGUGUCAUUAUAUAAUACUCUAACCCAGUUUAUUAAGGAGUUUCCAAAAUUAAAAAAAUCUAAGCUUUUAAAAAUAAAUUCUAAACUGACCUUAUCAAAGGCUUUUUCCAAGUCAGCAAUAAAAAUUAACCCAGCUUUGUUAUUCAGCUCAUAAUCUUCAUUAAUCUCCAGCAGAUUCCAACUUUAAAAAAGUACAAAAGCAUGGCACGUUUCCAGUGAAGACUCCCAAAAGUUCUAACUUUUGUUGCUUUUAGAGUAAUUUUCAUCCCUUCAAGGCAACAUUAGAUGUUCAGUUGAACGGCGUCUGAUUAAUGUGUUUAUCCUUCGUUUCAUAUUGCAGAAGUUAAUUAAAGGCCUCAUGAAAAUGUCACAUCAUUUCUAAAUACUGCAAAUGCCACUUCUGCCACAACAGCAGGCCAGAUUUAAAUAAAUCUUCCCAAAAUGUUGCACAAAUGUCAUAAAUGCAUAUCAGCAUACACUUGGCAAGAAAAAAAGGCCCCAAAAGGUCAACGAGAUGCUUUUUUAAAGAACAUCCAAAACAAACUAAGUUUGCCUUCUCUGUGUUUGAUAUUAUUAAAACUUUAAAUAUCCCUUCUUCUUUUCCAGAGCCUGGCUACUAUGAGGAUGGAUCUUUUGGCAUUCGUCUUGAAAACGUGGUCCUUGUUGUACCAGCAAAACCAAAAGUAAGUACUAGAUUGAGCUGAAAACUUUAUCCAACCAGUCUGCUCUAUACUUUAUUGAACUACAUCUUUGGUUGUUAAUUCAAGAGAACUCAUGAUAUUUCAAUGUGUGAUGUGUGCGUGUGUGCGUGUGUGUGUUCAGUACAACUACAGAAACAGAGGCAGCCUGACGUUUGAUCCGCUCACUCUGGUUCCUAUCCAAGUCAAGAUGAUCAACACAGAGCAGCUCACUCAGAAAGAGGUAAUGAAAACUUAUACCUGCGUGAUCAAUAUUUUAAUGGCGAAAGUUGAAUGUUGUAUUUCAUAAAUCCCUGAAAUACAACAACCCAUCACUGUUAAAGUAAGACAGUGAUCAGAUAUAAUCAAUAUAAUGCAUUUCCUAUUAGGGUUUAAAUCACUAAAAGAUACCAUCAUGAUUCUUGGAUGGCUCUUUGAUAACCUUUGCUCUCUGCCCUGCAGCGGGACUGGGUGAACGAGUACCACAGGAAGUGCCGGGAGGUAAUCGGAGCAGAGUUGGAGAGGCAGGGUAGGAAGAACGCGUUAGAGUGGCUGAUCAGAGAGACGCAGCUGAUCAUCUGA